AUGAGCAGACCGAGCCGGGAGCGGCCGGCGGCGCUGGCGCAGGCCCGCGUCUACCUGGAGCAGCUGCGGGGCCGCGUGUCCCCGGGGGGCCCCGAGGCGCCGGGCGCCGGGCGGCGGGACUACCUGGUGGAGGCGGCGCGGCAGCUGCGCCUGGCGCUGGAGCGCGACGUGAGCGAGGACUACGAGGAGGCCUUCAACCACUACCAGAACGGCGUGGACGUGCUGCUGCGCGGCGUCCAGGUUGACCCCAAUAAGGAGCGGCGCGAGGCUGUGAAGCGGAAGAUAACGCAGUACCUGAAGCGUGCGGAGGAGAUCUUCAACUGCCACCUCCAGCGGACUCUGGGGAAUGGCAGCCCCACAGAUGUGGGUUACAGCAGCCUUCGCUUCCGGCCGAUCAGGACGCUAAGUUCAGCAGUGGAAAACCUGAAACGGUGUAAGGUUGUGGGAGUGAUUGAUAAGGUGCAGAUAGUCCAGGAUCCAGUCACUGGUGGGACCUUUAUACUUAAGAGCCUCCCCAAAUCCCAUGUUGAGACUCGUGAGCGGCAGACCAUCAUUCCUCAUGGAGUCCCCUUCAUGGUCAAACUGCUUUGCUACUACGUGAGUGAGGACUCCAUCUUCCUUCACCUGGAGCAUGUGCAGGGGGAGAUGCUGUGGUCUCACCUCCGCUCCAAGUAUUGUGUCCAGCAGGGCUCCUCUGAUGGCUCUGGUUCUCUGCAUUCAAAGCACAUUCCAAUCCUGAGGGACCGAGGCAGAGAGGAGGCAGUGGGAAGCUUCCGUGGGAACAGUCGAGAAUGCAGUUUCUCUGCUCGGACAGACAGCGGCCCCCAGGGCUCUGCAAACCACCGCCUGUUGGGAAGCGCUGACCCCUCUCCCCCUCAGGAGGAGUCCCCUGACAGCCCAGACCCUGGACCCGGGAGUCACUGUCAGCUUCUCUUGGCUCCUGCCAGCAGCAUGAAGGCUGCAGCUGGAGGGCAGCGUUCAAGCAUGAUGCAUUCUCUGCCACGCAUCACGAAUCACGUUACAGCAGCAUCAACCAAAGGCUCCAGCCACCUCAACAACCAGGGCCUGGUCCUGCAGCCCCAGGACUUCCUAACCAGCAGCAAGAGCGUGGGCAAUGUAUCACGGAGAGCAGCCUCCUGGCAGGAUCCCAGGCUACUUGCUGGUGAAAGACUUCCCCAGAUGCCUGCCCACAUGCCAAAGACCAUGAUGGGGGCCCAUCCAGGAAAGGGGGAGCCUCAGUCUCGUCAGGUGUCUGAAGGCCCCUGGGCUCAGCCCCUUCUGGCUUCCUCAGGACAGAAGCAGCUUUGUGCAGGAAUUGCCAUGCACGGUUCUGGCAGGCCCUCUGGGCCUGACCCUGGGAUGCAGGAGCCCCUGUGGGGAGCAACCAUGACCAGUGGCCCACUUGGAGAGGAGCCAGUAUCUGAACUGUGCAGGUCUCUGGCUCCCUGUAGGCAUAACCACAGAGCCUGGGCUGUGAAGGAGGAGCAGGUCCGGCUGUGGGCAGCAGAAAUUCUCUUGGCCUUAGAGGGACUUCACCAACAGGGUGUAUUGUGCCGGGACCUCAACCCCAGGAACCUGCUGCUUGAUACAGCUGGUCAUGUCCGUCUUACUUUCUUCAGCCAGUGGGCAGAGGUGGAGCCACAGUGUUGCAGCCAGGCUCUGGAGGAGCUCUACAGUGCCCCAGAAGUGGGGAGCAUUUCUGAGCUGACUGAAGCUGCUGACUGCUGGAGCUUUGGGUCUCUGUUGUAUGAGCUGCUGACAGGAGUGCCCCUGUCCCAAAACCACCCUUCAGGGAUUCAAGCUCACACCCAGCUGCACCUGCCAGAGGGACUCAGUGUGGCAGCUGCAUCGCUGCUCACUGAGCUGCUGCAGUAUAGGCCUAAGCGGCGUUUGGGCUCAGGAGGAGGUGGAAUUGCGAAGCUCAAGUCCCACUCCUUCUUCAGCACCGUCCAGUGGAACAAGCUGGUCGGCUAGGCAGGCUGGAGCGGAGCAGGGCCAGGGCUUCUGUGACCCUUCCUGGGGAGAGCUGGGUGUGGGGCAGCUGCUCCCUGGAACUUGUGAACCCACGUGGCAGUGGCAGCUUUGCCUG